ACCCAUAGGGCAGCAUUCCACGUAGAACCCAAGGAGCUUAAUUCAUACACACACAACUACACGAAGGCUAUAGCUAGCCGGUCAACGAACGCAGGCAUAGGAUGGUGAACCUGGUGGAGGCGCAGAAGCCGCUGCUGCACUUCCUGGUGAGGCGUGCCGGGCUCCGGCAGCACACGGUGGACGUGGAUGGCGCCGGCACGGUGAUCAGCUUCUGGGUGCCCAAGGACAAGCUCCCCAAGAACAAGGCCACCGUGCGCGAGAUCACGCCCGAAGCCGCCGCUGCACCCGUGACCAACACCAAGAAGCAGCGCGAGACGAGAGCCAGCAAGCAGGAAGCGAGGCCCGCCGUCGUGCUCGUCCACGGCUUCGCCGCCGAAGGCAUUGUCACGUGGCAGUUCCAGGCUGGUGUGCUGGCGAAGAAGUACGACGUGUACAUCCCGGACCUGCUGUACUUCGGCGGGUCGACGUCGCCGUCGGCGGACCGGUCGCCGGGGUUCCAGGCGGAGUGCCUUGUGGCGGCGCUGGGGAAGCUGGGCGUGGAGCGGUGCACGGUGGUGGGGUUCAGCUACGGCGGGAUGGUGGCGUUCAAGAUGGCCGAGUCGCGGCCGGACCUCGUGCGGUCGCUCGUCGUGUCGGGCUCCGUCGUCGCCAUGACCGACUCCAUCAGCUCCGUCACGCUCGACCGGAUCGGCGUCAAGUCCUCCUCCGAGCUGCUGCUGCCGGACUCCGUCAAGGGCCUCAAGGCGCUGCUCUCCAUCGCCACCCACAGGAAGCUCUGGUUCCCUGACCGCAUCCACAAGGACUACCUCCAGGUGAUGUUCACCAACCGCAAGGAAAGAGCCGAGCUGCUGGAAGGCUUGGUGGUCAGCAACAAAGACGCCACCGUGCCUGUUCUGCCACAGAAAAUACUUCUACUGUGGGGAGAGAACGAUAACAUCUUCAACAUAGAGCUCGCAAAGACAAUGAAAGAGCAGCUCGGCGAGAAGACGACGCUUCAGAGCAUAGACAAGGCGGGGCAUCUCGUGCACCUGGAGAGGCCCUGCGUCUACAACCGACGCCUCAAGGAGUUCCUGGCGUACGUCAACGAUGAAGCUCCCAAGGAGAAGGUGUAACGAAUCAGUAGCUCGAUGUACCAUCCUUCUGAAAAGUGCUUCAUUUGUGGAGUCCCGUAUGUUACAGUCUGGUUCCUUGGCCGUGUACAAGAUUCGUGGGUGUGAUGCUUCGUGCUUCUAGAUGGAUUUGAGUUGUUAGUGGAUUGCUGCUGUAUGUCAUGAGAGUUUUCCAAGAACCACGCAUAUUUCAGUCGUUUGUUGAUUUUUCUUGGAUAAUUAGAUCUUGGAUUAAAUUGUAAUGUAAGAAUAAGCAAAACUACCUUGUAGCUGAGUCAAAUUGCAGCGCAAGAAUGAACACGCUCAUGCCCAGAAGUUGAGUUGAAUGAAGAAACAAAUGCCUCCUC